CAUCCCUAAUCAGAUGUUACUGCCAUUCCGUUUUUCCAUCGAGUUAAAUAUAUGUUAUGUUGUGUUUUGUAUCGUUAUAUCUGAAACAAUGGAUUCUAAUGAGUGGAAAGAAUUCCCUCUAAACGAUCUCAUAAUACAAGAAAUAGAUCCCACUGCAAUUGCACAUAUUAUUAUUGGAUAUUUCAGAAAUAACAAUGUGGAUAUCAACACCAAUUUUGGUGGUUAUAACUGUUUACACUAUGCCGCAGCCACCGCUAAUAAGUCAUUGUUGCAAGAACUAGAAAUGUAUUACCGGGAAGACAUAGAUUACAACGCCACCACAACUCCAGGAAAUGAAACAGCCCUUCAUCUGGUUAUUCAACAGAACGACCCGCCCACUUUACGAGUUCUCUUGAGAGCAGAUAUAGAUCCCAAUAUCCACCGCAAUGUUGAUGGAAGAACGGCUCUGCAUUUAGCAGUUUUGGAAGAGGACAAAGAAAUACUGACCUACCUUCUACAGAAUUACUCCUGUAUUGAAAUCGACGCUAAGGAUAAUGAUGGCGCAACUGCUCUGCAUUAUGCCAUUCAACAUGAUAACUGGUACAGGACCAAACUGUUGCUGGACCACCAUGCUAAUCAAAAUAUUGCUAGGAAAGAUGGUAGAACAGCCAUGCAUAUCGCUGCUCAAAAUAAAUCCACCGCCAUAUUGCGUAAACUCGUAUAUACGUGUAUACUUAACCAUUUGGAUGUGCUUGAUAACGAACAAAUGACGCCCUUAUAUUUGUCUGUUAUUGCUGAAAACCUGAGAGCCGUUGAAAUUCUCUUGAAGGAGGGCGCAGAUCCUGAUUGGAAGCCUCCCAACAGAGAAAGCAUCAUCGAAUUUGCUGUUAACCAUGCACAUCCACGAAUAUUCGCAGCACUCCUAAAAAAGUCGAAAAAAAUCGAUUCUGAAGAAAUUAGUUCAACUGUUUUCCAAGCAGCAGUCACCAACGAUGACGAAGAUAAAGUGAAAAUACUCUUGGAUAAUGGAGUGAAUCCUAACGCAAUAUGGAAACGAAAUGGAGAUGUGAACGAUUUCGAGAAAAAUUCUAUUAGACCGCUGAUAGAUGUUGUAGAGAACAAUAAACCGGGCAUGGUCAAGAUUCUGUUAAAAUAUGGAGCUUAUGUAAAUACCAUAGAUGGGCUCGGGGUAACUCCUCUUCAUAUCGCUUGUCAACACAGACAAGUUGAUAUAGUCAAGAUGUUAUUGGAAGCGGAAAACGUAGAUGUAAAAGUGAAAGACAGAUCUGGAAUAACACCACUAGAAAUAGCUAUCUCUAUGAACAAUGAUGAAGUUAAUGAUAACAUAGCAAUUGUGCAUAUGUUGCUGAAAGCAGGUGCUGAUACGAAUAUUGUUGAUCCAAAAACAGGCGAAACUCUCCUUCAUAAAGCUGUGCAGGGAGGAAACCUGACGUUAGUCAAGCUUUUAUUAGAUACCACAGAGAUAAACGUAGAUACUCUCAAGAAAGAUGGGGAAACUGCUCUUCAUAUUGCAGCUCGGGAAGGGAACAAAGCAAUUACGCUCGCCCUACUAGAAAAGGGAGCUGAUCCAAAUAUUAUUGCAAAUGACUAUACAGCCCUUUAUCUAGCUGUAGCGGAAAGUCACAUCGAUAUAGUGAAAAUCUUAUUGCAAUACGACUACAAAGAGGAUAAAGCAAUAAUCAUACAACAGUCAGGAACUUCUUCGUCGGUAUUGAAAUGCGCAGUUCGAAAUGGAAGUAUUGAAAUAGUAGAGCUCAUCUUAGAAGCAAAUAGGCAAUUUCCUAUAAGACAACAGAUACGAAAAAAGAAUUUUCUCCGGUCUUGUCUUAGAAUAGCUGUGGAUAAUGGCCACUUGGAGAUUGUCGAGGUUCUUCUGAUGUACGGAGCGAAACCUGAUUACAGAGUUAAAAAAGGAAAUAAUAACCCUCUGUACAACAAUGUGGAAAUAAUGAAACUGCUAAUCCAACAUGGUUGCGAUGUAAACGCAAGGGAUGACUCUAACUGGGCACUUCUGCAUUGGGCCGUUAGUAACAGAAAUAUUGAAGUUGUCACCUUACUGAUCGCAUAUGGAGCCGAUCCGAACAUUGAAUUUCAGAGGUACAAAAUUACCCCCUUACAUCUAACUAUUGGUGAUUACGCCUGCUAUAGCAUCCCGCGAAAGACAGAUUCCAUCGAAGAGGAAGAUAAAGAAAUCUUACAACUCCUAUUGUGUGGUAAAGGAAUCAACGUAAAUGUGAAGGACAUAAAUUCAUUUACGCCAUUCGAUUUGGCGGUUGCUAAAGAUCGUCCAGAUAUUGUUGAAUUGCUAUUACAACACAAAGCAGAUCCAUAUCUGGGUAGCAAUAAAGAAGGAAAAGGUCUGAUUCAUUUUGCUAUUCAACACGAAAAUCUUUACAUUCUUAAAGAACUUCUCGAGCCCGAUGGUAAUCCAGAAAUAGAUUCACCCUAUGGAGAUUUUCCCCCACCUCUGCAAUUCGCAAUUGAAAAGGGUAAUUUGGAGGCUAUCAAAUUGCUAUUGGAGUACAGAGCCGACAUCAAUAAAAAUUAUAAAUCUAACACCGCACUCGGAAUUGCUAUCCAAAAACAGAACGAACAUAUAUUAAUUUGUUUGCUCAAGUUUCCAGGUUUGGACGUGAAUGAACCUUGUAUGGGAGGCUUGACGCCUUUACACCUUACAAUUAAGAACAGGGAUAAAUGGCUCUUAACUCAAUUGCUGGAACGUGGUGCUGAUCCCUACUCCACAACACCUGAUGGAAGCACAAUUCUUCAUAUUGCCGUGAAGACAAAUUUUCUGGAUCUUAUUACAAUCCUCGUUAAAAAACACAACAUAGCUGUGGAUGUUAAAAAUAAUGAGGGACUGACUGCUUUACAUUUGUGUUGCUCAAAAUACGAUCAUACGAUCACACAGGAGCCAAUCAUUACUACUCUUCUUGAUUUAGGGGCUGACCUAUCAGCUCGAUGCAACUCUGGCAACUCGGCUAUUCAUUAUCUUGCAAUGUCUGAUUCACUUGAUCUUAUUUGGCCGAUCAAGAAUUUAGAUGCUGAACUAUUAGAAGCAAAAAACGAAGCUGGCGAUACUCCACUGCACUUGGCAUGCAGAGAACUCAGCCACAAAGCUGUACAGCUUCUUUUAGAAGCAGGCGUAUCAGCGACCGUAACUAAUUCUGCUGGUGAAACUCCAAUCCAUUGUUACAUAAGUAGCUUUACGGUAAACAGUCACGUUCUCAACUUAACAAAAACAAUCGUAGGAUGUACUACCAAGGAAGUCGUGAAAAAAAUUAUGGAAAAAUUGGUCAAGAAGCACAAUACUACGGCAGUCUUGAAUUUAAUGAAAUUCGAUAAGUUGGAACAUUGGUUCAGCGAGGAUUUUUUGAGCUCUCUCAUGAACUUCGCAAUAAAGAAAGAAUAUGUCGAGAUGGUUCAAGAAUUUUUGAGUUCUGGUGCUGAUAUCAACUUUAGAAGGGAGGUGUUUUUCAACCGCAACGAACACAUUAAUCUCUUUCUGGCGCUCCAUAAUCCAAAAAUCCUUAAAAUUCUUUUGGCUGAUAAAAAUUGCGAGGUCAAUUUGCCUGGUAAAGACUCGAAAACUGCCUUACAUUACGCAGUGGAAAGAGACUAUUACAAUGCAGUGCAAAUGUUGUUGGAAAAGGGCGCCAAUCCGGAUUCUGAAGAUGAGAAAGGUUUUAUUCCCUAUCAGUAUGCUAUGCAUGUGAAGAUGGAAGAAUUAUUACUACUAUACGGUUCUGACCCCUUCUACAAGCGUAUCAAAACAGGAAGUGUUUACAGUAAAAACCAUAAAAAAUAUUUGAUCUCUAGAGCUGUGAUGAGGACAGUUAUUUUAAGGGAUAAUACGGAAUUAGAAAGGCUCCAUUCCUAUGUCGAAUCGGAAUUUAUGAAAACUUGCCGCGAUCAAAUCGAUAAGUGCAGUAAGACUAUCGAUGAAUAUGUGGCACCACCUAAUAAAUUGGACCAGAAAAUUACUUAUGAAGAUAUCGUAGAGCAAGACUAUACCAAGAUCAACGAAGGAAAUAUAAAACAGAUAACUAAAAUAAUAAACUCUAAGGUUACAGAACGCGUCAUUCCUAACUUCUUCAAAUAUGUAAGGACGCAGCUCAAUGUCAUGAAGCAUUCCUUUCCCAUAGUGAAACCUAUUGAAGGAACAUCAUUGACCAUCAAGUCUUUUCUGGAGGCAGACCAAUUGAAAGCAGUGGAGUACUUGGAGAAUCCUAGACUAAGGAAAUUCUUGAAAAACACCGACCUGGUAGCCUACACUCCAAGAUAUUCGUACGAAAUUCGCCAAGCUAUCGAAAGGUCCAACAAAAUUCUCGGCUUUAGGAACAAGGUUAUAGAGAAACUGAAUCGAAAUACCGACAGUCGUUUGGCGCAGUUGCCCAACGAAAUUUUGGAGAUGAUCUUGAAAAAGUUGGACUGGAAUUCGUUGAUAAACUUGAACAAGGCUAUGAGUAGUUAAUAAUUGUUUAGAAUUAAAGUCCAUUAACGGCAUAGCAUAUUCCUGUGAUAUUUUUACAAAAUGUACCUUUUUAGCUUUAUAUCGUUCAUAAUUAUAUUAAUUUGAAUUCCUUUCUAUUCGAUUUUUUUGGAAUUUUUAGAACUUUUAAAUAGCUUUUG